ACGGCCCAAUUAGAAAAUUUCACAGUCUGGCGGCCCGGCCCUUUGUUGACUGGAAACAUCCAAAAGAGCGGAGGAGAAGGGGUUUUUGAAGAAGAAGAGAGAGUAGUAGAAAAUGGCGAAGUCCUGUAAGGGCCUUGCUGUGGAGUUGGUCAAGUGUCUUAGCGAAUCCGAUUGCGUUAAGGUUGAGAAGAAGAGUUUCAGGGAAUGUGCGAAAGAAAAGAGUCCAUGUAUUCCUAGUGAAUGUGUAGGACUAAGGGAAACCUACUUCAAUUGCAAGAGGGGACAGCUGGACAUGAGAGCUCGAAUUCGUGGAAAUAAAGGCUAUUAAUUGGUAGGACUGGCGCAAAUUCCACAAAUGGGAAGUACAAUAUUUUCCUGACUGGACUGCAUGUGUUAACUUGCAGUGUUCUGUACAAAUUGCAAUCUACAAUUUUCUCAGCGACAGUGUCGCACAUAUACAAGUUUCUUGGAUACACAUUUUACCUGACAAACUUUGUACCUGGUGCUUCGGCCCCUUCUUAAUUUUGAAUAGCGUUGAUAUUGGAUGUGAAAUUGUGGAGGAGGGUUUAGUUCUCACUUUUCAUCAUGAAUGAUUAAUUUGUUUUUCUUUCA